AUGAUAAUAAAUGUAUUCUUCUCAGGUGUUGGAGCUCAGAGAAUCAUUGGAGGCAUCGAGGUGCCCCCCUAUUCCAUCAAGUACCAAGCCUCCCUGAAGUUCUUCAACUCCCAUUUUUGUGGGGGAACCCUCGUCCACCCGGAGUGGGUGGUCUCUGCCGCCCACUGCUGGAGGCCACGUCACAUGAUUAAGGUGGUGCUCGGUGAACUCGACCUGACGGGAGAGGAGGGCGUGGAGCAGAGUUUCAGCGUUUCAGCGAUUGUCACUCAUUUGAAGCGCCAACGCUGGGCCUUUGAUCACGAUAUCAUGAUGCUGAAGCUGGACCGGCCCGCCACCAUCAACGCCGUGGUGGAUGUGGCCACCCUGCCAGAACCUGACUCCGAGGCCUUGGAUGGCGACACCAGAUGUAGAGUCAGUGGUUGGGGGGUGACCUGGCUCACCAGUGCUCGUCUGUCACCGGUGUUGAGGUCAGUGGAUGUGGACGUCUUCCCCAAUUGCUGGUACUACUACCGCUUCAGGAUCACAGACAACAUGAUAUGUGCUGGUUCUACGACGGGCGGGAAAGACGCCUGCUUGGGUGAUUCGGGAGGACCCUUGGUAUGUGAAGGUAAAUUUGAGGGCAUCGUGUCUUGGGGGAUCGGUUGUGCCCACGCUAAGUACCCUGGUGUGUACACCAAGGUUAGAAACUACCUUGGAUGGAUCAACUCGGUCAUCGAGAAGUACUAAUGGGACUGCUGUGAUGAACAAGCAGCAUU